GUUGACUGUGAAAACGAAAGUAAAUACCGGAGAGCUGUCAUCGAAUUUUUUGUUUGGGAGUCAUUUUCAUUUAGAAAAAGGGAAAACAAUAGGCUUAAAAGUUUGCUGUGAAUAAUGGCUGCACUCAGUAGGGAUACGUAUGAAGGUUCAAGAGGGCCAGUUUCAAAGACAGAAGAUUCAGACAGUGAUAUAGAUAUAGGUAGCCUCCUUGAGAUAGAUAAUACAAAGAAAAAAGGUUGGGAUGACAAACAGAAGCUGAUAAAAAUUUGUCAAAAAGAGGUUGGUACGAUAUCCAGUGGAAAACAUCCAUUGAAUAUUGCAAUUAUUGGUUCACAUGGAUGUGGAAAAUCAUCUCUUCUUAAUACUAUAUUUGCCAGCUUUAGUGACGAAAAAUGGAAUGAACUAGCAGCACAUGGAAGCCAUGGUGGAUUGGGGAAACAGAUUUCACAAAAUUUGAUCAGUUUUAAAAAAAAGAAAUACUACUUCAGGGAGGGACCAAACAAUCAAGAGGAUGAUGAUGUCUUAAUGCCAACAUUUAUUGAUAUGAAAGGCUUUGAAGACCAGAAUGAUGAGUUUACAAGAGAGCUACUCAAGAUUAUUUUUUAUGGAAGGAUGAAAGAAUUUGAAAAAUUAUCUGAUGUUUUAACCCAUUACCAAAAUUAUGGCUUAAAUGGUUUAAAGACAAGAUUUAGUCAGGGCAAAGAAUAUUUAGUGAUAGACCGAAUUAUAUUUGUGUGUUCAGGAGAUCCUUUGACUACCCUUCCAACACAGUUAAUGGCAUGUGUAAGUGAUGUAGCACAUGAUUUAAGAGGUAUUCCAAUAUUUGGUGUUAUGACAAAAUCUGACAAGUUCAAUGGAAGAAACAAUGUAGAAGUGGAGAAAAGAGAAACAGAAUUCAGAAAACAUCUUGGAAUACCAAAUAAUCGCUUUGCAAGGAUUAAGAAUUAUUGUGAAGAUAUAGAUAAAGAGAUGUCUUAUAUGUUUUCUGUCAUACCACAGAUUGAUGUUCGUGUUCUUAAACUGAUGACACAGGUUUUCAGUAAUGCAUUAGAAGUAACAAACGCUGAAGCUCGUCCAGAUUAUCUCUCUCCAGAAACAGAAAUACAAGGUGAAACUAAAGAAGGGGCAAAGCCAGUUCCACCACGAAUAGGACCGCCAUCAGGAAAUGGACAACCAGCAUCAUCAGGACUUGGCUUUGCAAGCUUAUUGCUUCUGAUCACCAUCCAAGUGCUGUUUAUGGCCGUACUUCUGCAUUUUUGCAUGAAGCCAGUUAUAUCAGAAGAAAAACUCAACACGAUCUGUGCAAACUACGACUUCAUUAAGUCGAAACAUGAUGCUACCAUUGAUGGCCUUAAUGAGUUAUGUGACAAUAAAGUGGACAUUUUGAAACCUCCAAUUUAUCUAUUGGGUGGGGGAAUAGUGUUUGUUAUAGUUGUUCUUCCAGUUAUGCUUUAUUCUUUGUUAGUAAAAUCUAGAAAUUAGUGAACUUUUAUGAUAUUUUGAAUAUCUUCACAUUGACUGUCUUUCUGGGACUUCUUAAAUAGCUUAUAUCAUGUAUUCUUAAAACUAAAAUUGAACUUUUAUUUUUUUCAACAAUGCCUUGAACAUGUUGAACUGAUCAGUAAAUAAGUCCAGUGGCCCUGUAUUGACUUCCUCCAACAACAAAAACAUGAACACAAAUGGAACACUAUGACUAGUAGGAAAUAGCUCAAUAGUGUUAGAAGUGGCAUUAAGCACCAACCAAUCAAUCAAUGUAUAAGUGUUGAUGAACUAGACAAAAUCAAAAGGAAAUAAAUAUGUAUUUUAAAAAUAGGGUAGAGGUUAAAUUGUGAUAUUAAUUUUUUAAUUUUCUAAUUCCUUUAUCUAUAUUUAAUAUAUAUGUGUUAUUCAAUUUUUAUAUAUUUAAUGAUUUCAUUUAAACAAUUUGCUCUUAUAGCCUAGAGUUUUCUUCCAUUAAAAUGCAGUUAUCAAACUAAAUUCGCUAGUAAAAGAUAAAUUCAGGGGUCACCAGGAGAAGUGAGUGACUAUAUUUACCUAUAAAACUCAAUACUUCACUCUAGAGAAGCUUCAUGGAGAAGUUGAAUUUAUAUUCAAAACCUAAAUAGGUUAACAGAUGUAUUGAUGUUGAUUUGCAUGAGGUCGAUUUCUAUCCGACGCAGCUCAAAUGUCAUGUUUGACUAGGCUAAAAGUCAUAAGUCAAUUUUUUCUGUCAUGUAUUUAUAAAUAUAAUGUAGCCAUUCUUUAUUAUUUUUAAGCAGAAUUUGAUAACCAAUUCCUCAUUGUAUAUAUCUUUGUUUUUGCAUUGAUUUUCAAAGUGAAUUUGCUGUUUCCAUGUUUGUGUGUAUUUAACAUUUUUAUAAAGAAGUGAAAGAGGAAUUUUAAAUUACUGGUCAGCACAGAUUCAGAAUAAAAUGUCAAGGUGCAUUAACAUUGUAUUCCUGUGGAUUCAGAUACCAUCAGCUGUUUACCAUGGAAAUUAACAUAUUUCAAGCUUGCUCAAUAUAUCAAUAAAGAAACUAGCAGGAUUAAUAAUCAUAUGAAAUGAAUAUAUAUUUCCUUCCUGAAUAUGCACUUAAUUUGCAACUGGACAUUAACCUGACAGUUAUUUAUUAGUUCAUCAAGUUUUAAUUUUUCAUAAUCUGAAUUAAUCAUUUUAGUUAGUGAUUUAUUGUUGUUUACCUUACAUAACAAAAUAGAUAUUGCUUAUCUUAUCUUAUAAAGUUAUGUCUGUUUUAAUAGGUUGUAUUCAAGAUACUGUGUUUAAAUUUAAGUUUUCUCUCUCUCUGUUUAGAAAAAAAUCAUUGGUGUCACUUUUCUUGUGAAAAGUAUUUGUUUUGAGUCUUUUUAUCAUUGUGAGUUUUUUUUGUAAAUAACACAAAAACUUCUUAACAUAGUAACCAACUUUUUACAUAAAAGAUCCCUUAUUGUUUGUUAAUUCUGUAAAGAAAAUUGUUUUGUGCAAAUCCCCAAUUCUGCUAAUGAUACAUGUGUACAAAUGUGUAGAAACAUUAUUUGUUCAAUCAAGUAAUAUCUCAGAGUUGGUAAAAUUGUAGUCGCAUUUAGAUAUUUUGAUACAGCUGAAGAAGAAAUCUCACAAUUUAACCUGAAAGAAAGUAAAACAAUUACUUUUAUUGUUUUUUUAGGAAGUGAAUUUGGUGUUGUUUAUUAUAAUUCGAAUGAGUUACUUGAUGAUAGUCAAAUAAUAUGAUAUGAAUUUACUUAAGGUGGUACCUAACACUACAGGGAGAUAACUCUAGAUCUGUAACGUCAGCUAAAUGUUUUAAUUACGUUGUGUUGUAACGGGAAUAUUAAACUCCUCAAUGAUCAAAAUUGGUGUUUGUCAGACUGCUAUAUAACCAGUGUAAUUUUUCUAACAAAAUGGUUGGUUCAAAAUUUUUGAAAUAUUUAUAUUUUUGUUAAAGGGUCAAAGUAAAUACAUAGUCAAAAGUUUUAUGAAAAUUAAACAAGCCAAAUUAAUUUUAGUGAAAGUGUUGGGUACCACCUUAAGUAAUUAAUUAAAAGAUAAGAUGUAUGUGCCUUACAAAUAAGGGAAAUGUUGUGGUAUAUGCUUGUCAAUAAUCAAAAUGCCAGGGCUUAGAAUGUAUAAAGGUCAUUAUUUGCUCCCUGAGAUUUUAAAAUUAGUUAAGCACUGAAUGUCAGGAAAAUUUAUGAUUGUUUUAUUGCCUAUUGAAGAAGAUGAUACAUUAUGUUGAGAAUAGUCAUCUCAAUUUUAUACACAUGUCAAAAUAGUCAGAUUAAGGCAAAAAUAGGAACUACAGCCUAUAAUACCAAAACAAGAUAUGUUGUUUUGCUGAGAUAAUUAAGUUGAGUAAUGGUAGUAAAAGUAACAUAAGUCAGUUAGCUGUUUUUUUUUAAAGAGUUUUUUGGAAGGUAAAUAAAAAGUAUCUUGUAUUUCUAAUCAGUGCAAUAAGAAAUUAUGAUGGUCUCCUUUUGAGCAAAAUUUUCUUCAAGGCAUUAAAAAUCCAUAUUUUUGUGUGGAUACUUUCAUGAUUAAUAAAAUAUUUUGAUUAACCAUGUUGAUCUCUUUAAAAUCUUCACUGAUCAUUUUUACAACUUAUAUAUAAUAGACAGUCAACAUUUAAGUUGAAUAAAAUUAAACAUUGACAUACCUGAGUAAGAAGGAUGCCAUGAAGAAAAUUCUUUUGAAAUGAUGCUUUAUGUAUUAAAAAAAGGUUUAACUAUUUUGUGUGUUUAAACAAUUGUUUUGUAAUUAAGUUUAAUAAUUUAUUAAGAUUUAUUUCUAUAUUUACUCUGUCACAAUAUUCCUGUUGAGAUAUUUUGUAUAAUUUUAUUAAUGUUUUGUUUUUCUUAAUUCUAACAGCAUUAACUUAAUAAAUUUUAUUGUUUGUA